AAAGCUGAUUAUAAGCGGGUGGUUUCUUUUAUGGUUACUUAAUAUUUAAAUAUGAAUCAUUGAAGUAAUAUUUGUUUUUUUAAUAUUCGUUGUAUUUCCCUUGAUUUUUUUGAUUCAGCCGAUCUUUCUAUAUAAUAGUUUUUGAAAUAAAAUAAUUUAUUUUACGUGUUAUGAAUCAAUCGCCAUACAAUCGAAUUAUCGGAUUGUGAAAACGAAACUUUCACAAUGGAAGAAGAAUUCCAGUACUGUGGAAAUUGCAAAAGGGACAUAAGUGCUAAAAAUUACGUUAUCCACACUGCACAUUGUGAAAGGAAAAUCCAGCUUUGUUAUCGGUGCUCGGAGCCUGUACCUCGAAGUGAAUUAAAGGAACAUGAGGAAGAGUUUCAUUCGAACGAUAUCUGUUCAGAUUGUGGUAUUACUGUGGAAAAGUGGAAAAUUGAAAAGCACAAAGAAACUUGUGUUAAAAAGUUAGUACCAUGUGAAUAUUGUGAAUUGGAAGUUCAUUUAGACAGUCUUUAUGAACAUGCUGCCACAUGUGGAAGUCGAACUGAGCAAUGUCCAAAAUGUAAUAAACAUGUGAUGAUAAAAGAUCUAAAGAAACACCCUAUUGAUUGUUUAAAAAGGGAACAAGAAACAAUGCCCUGUGAGUAUUGUGGCCUUCUAAUUGAUUGGAAUGAAUUAAUGGAACAUACUGCAUUAUGUGGGACUCGUACAGAAAGAUGCUUUUUAUGCAAUGAGCAUGUUAUGGUCCAAGACAGAGAUACUCACUUUGUAAUCUGUGGAAAAUCCAUGGAUUUCAAUGAGUCUUUUUCUUGUGGUAAUUGUGGAGGUUCCUUUACUCGUAAUACUAUUGAGAGGCAUGUUGAACUCUGCAGAUCACAUCUAGAAAAGUGCAAAAUAUGCAACACUUACAUUCAAAAAGAAGUAAUGGGAUUACAUCUUACAAAGUGUGAACAGGAACUUGUAAAGCUUGAAUUUCCUUGCAACUAUUGUGGGCAGUUAUUUCUUAGUGAUUUUCUGAAAGACCAUACUGACAGAUGUGGAUCUCGAACUCAGAAAUGUGAAAAGUGUGAAAAAUUUAUUCCCUUGAAAAAUAUGGAAGCACAUUCAGAUAUAUGUGGAGGAAAGAAAGAUUUAAAGCCUAAAUAUCCUUGUAAGUUUUGUGAAGAAUUAUUUCCUAGUGAUUUUUUGGAAGAACAUGCUAAUAGAUGUGGAUCUCGAACUCAGAAAUGCAAAAUGUGUGGCAAGUUUAUUCUAUUGAAAAAUAUGGAUGCACAUUCUGAUAUGUGCUUAAAUGGGAAACAAUUAAGGCUUAAAUUUCCCUGCUGCUAUUGUGGAGAAUUAUUUCCUACUAAUUUUCUGGAAGUUCAUACUAACAGAUGUGGGUCUGAAACUCAGAAAUGUAAAGAAUGUGAAAAAUUUAUUCCAUUAAAAGAUAUCGAAGCACAUUCAAAUAUUUGUGAGGGCAAGAAAGAUUUAAAGCCUCAAUAUCCUUGUAAGUUUUGUGAAGAUUUAUUUCCUAGUGAUUUUCUGGAAGAACAUGCUAAUAGAUGUGGAUCUCAAACUGAAAAAUGUAAGAAGUGUGGCAAGUUUAUUCUAUUGAAAAAUAUGGAUGCACAUUCUGAUAUGUGUUUAAAAGACAAACAAUUAAGACUUCAAUUUCCCUGCUGCUAUUGUGGAGAAUUAUUUCCUAGUAAUAUUCUGGAAGUUCAUGCUAACAGAUGUGGGUCUGAAACUCAGAAAUGUAAAGAAUGUGGAAAAUUUAUUCCAUUAAAAGAUAUGGAAGCACAUUCAAAUAUUUGUGAGGGCAGAUCUGUUGCUCUCAGAGACAAAAUUCCUUGUAAAUAUUGUGAAAUUCCAUUUUCUUAUAAUAUGUUGGAGCGUCAUAUUACAGUAUGCAGAUUGCGAACUGAGAAAUGUAGAAAAUGUGAAAAAUUUAUUCGUCAUAAUGAAAUGGAUGGGCAUCAGUGUGUUGAUGAACAGAAUAUAUCGAAGACCUAUGGGAAUUGUCCAAUAUGCCAUCAGACUAUUCCUUGGAUUGAAAUGAAUGUUCAUAGUGCUUAUUGCUCCCAAGUUUAUUAUGAUACACCUGAUUAUGAACAUCAGAAUCAAUUUAAUGAACUUGCUUUAAGAAAGGAGUCUGAAGGUAGAGUUUUGACUAAUAAAAGUACUGAAGAGAAAAAAUCACAGACUUUUGAAGGUACAAAGAAAUGUUCUUUCUGUUCUAACAUCUUUCCAUAUCGCUAUUUUUCUCAACAUCUGGAAAUCUGCUUAGAGCGUCCUUAUAAUUGUGAUAAGUGCUUAAAAGCUAUGCCUUAUCGAAAAAAAGAAGAUCAUUUGCACAGUUGCCGUAGUCAACAAACUGAUUACAUGCUACAUGAUGAAGAAACAGAGAAUAAUGGAGAAUUGAAGAAAUUGAAAAAGUGCCAGUUUUGUGAUAAAAGAAUAACUGAUGUACUUUUCCAUCAUCACUUGAAAGUAUGUGAACAUCGCGAAGAAAAAUGUACAGUUUGUUCAGAAAAUGUGCCUGUAAAAAAUAUGCAAGAGCAUAAGUUAUUCAAAUGUAAUUUUGCUCAUCUUCCAAGUAACAGGAAUUUUUACAGUGAUAAUAAUGUGCAUGCUGAAGCUUCUCCAGGACCUUCUGAAAACUUUGAAAAAAUGAGACAUCUUGAAGUAAAGGUCGAAUUAUGCCCAUCAUGUAAUUCUAAAAUUCCUGAAGAAAGAUAUCAUGAACAUCUACUCCUGUGUUAUAAUGAGAUGACUCAAUGCCAUUUUUGUGGUGAAGAGAUUCCAAAAAAGAAAGAACGUUCUCACUUUCAGAAUUGUGAUAGAGUAUUAGCGAUCGCUAGGGAAGAUAAUAAAUCUCAAAGUUCAAAGAAAAAUGAAAAAGCAAAUAAAAAAUUGAAAAAGUGCCAGUUUUGUGAUAAAAGAAUAACUGAUGUACUUUUCCAUCAUCACUUGAAAGUAUGUGAACAUCGCGAAGAAAAAUGUACAGUUUGUUCAGAAAAUGUGCCUGUAAAAAAUAUGCAAGAGCAUAAGUUAUUCAAAUGUAAUUUUGCUCAUCUUCCAAGUAACAGGAAUUUUUACAGUGAUAAUAAUGUGCAUGCUGAAGCUUCUCCAGGACCUUCUGAAAACUUUGAAAAAAUGAGACAUCUUGAAGUAAAGGUCGAAUUAUGCCCAUCAUGUAAUUCUAAAAUUCCUGAAGAAAGAUAUCAUGAACAUCUACUCCUGUGUUAUAAUGAGAUGACUCAAUGCCAUUUUUGUGGUGAAGAGAUUCCAAAAAAGAAAGAACGUUCUCACUUUCAGAAUUGUGAUAGAGUAUUAGCGAUCGCUAGGGAAGAUAAUAAAUCUCAAAGUUCAAAGAAAAAUGAAAAAGCAAAUAAAGGGAAAUCUUUUGGUGAAGCUAUUGGAAAAUAUAUUCCCUUUUUGAAUUCAAAUAAAGAUAAAGCUUCAGGAAGGAACUAUUCUGGACAUAAUUACCAAGAACCUUAUCAAUCAAAUAGAGGAAAAUAUGAAAAAGUUUAUAGGGCGCCAGUACAACCACCACCAACAAAACCUAAUGAUGAACUUCCUUGUGAAUUUUGUAAUCAGUUGUGGCCUGCUGAAUUUCUAAUAGAACAUGAGUCUGGUUGCCGCCCUGAUUUAAUAAGUUAUCCUAAAUCUAAUGAAGAAAAUGAAAAUGACCAUAAGCUUGCCAUUGCUGCAGCAAAUGCAUCUCCGAUUUCUCAUAUAUCUGGUUUGGGUGCUAGACCCAAAAAUACCAGAGAAGAAAAUGAUGAGUGGAGAGAAAUACAGUAUAGAAAGAAUAAGCAAGUAUCAUCAAGAGAAAAUUUUGAAUUCAGAUCCAGUAAUAGUAAAGAAGAAAAUACUGGGUCUAAAGAAGUACAGUCUAGAAGAAAUAACCAGGCAUCAAUUGGAGAAAGUAUUGAUUAUAGAAAAAAAGAAAAAAAUGUGCACCAAAAUCGGUCAAAUGACAAAGACAAAUUUUUCUUUUACUCAUCACAAGACACUGGUGAAGCUUCUGAAAACCAGUCUAGCAAUCCCAGACAGAAGAGGCAUUCUCAAAUGAGAGAAAGUCCAGAAACUUCCAAGGUUAAAUCUGAUAAAGAAUUUGGCACUAACUGUGGAUUUAAAAAAGAUGAAUCUGGGGAAGAUCAUUUCACUGCAUUCAAGUUCAGCUCAUCUAAAUUUAAUGAUGACUCACAGAAUUUUUCAAAUUUCAGGAAGGAAAAUGAUGGUAUCUUAUCAAGUGAUGUGAAAAGCCCUCAUGAUACAAAGAAAAGUAGCUCUUACUGUUUUCAAACAUUUUCUGGAGAAUCUAAUUCCACAAUUGAAUAUUCUAAACCCUACAUCAAUAGGGAAAUUAAGGCUGUUGGUGCUGAACGAACUGAGAAAAAAAGAAUCAUGCAUUCAAAGAAAGAUGCUGAAGCAGAUUUAACGCUGAUCAAUAAAGAUUUUGAAGAAAUGUCUUUGCAGAAACUGAUCACAUCUGAUGAAAACAACAAAAGUGAACUUUCUAAAUUUCAUGAAACUGCUGAUACUAAUAUAUUAAGCCUGAAUUUGCCAAUGAUUUGGAACACAGAAUAUAAUUCAAAUAAUAAUAAAACAUUUAGAAGUCCUCUUUUGAAAACUUUGAAUAGUAAUUAUGACAGUAAAACUGAAGAUGAUACUCCCUCUAAUGCCGUUGAAAAUAUUGACCAUAAAGCAUUAAACAAUAAAACUAAAGAUGAUGCUUCCUCUAAAGCAGUUGAAAAUAUUGAAUAUAAAGCAUUAGAUUCAAGCAUCCAAGAUACAGAUUAUGAUGCAAAGAAUGAUGAAACUUUUGGAAAUGAUUUUUUGCAGCCCAUUAAAAAUAAUCAGAACAAGGAAGAUGAGAAUGACACUCAUUCAAAUUCAGAUGACAUUUUUUAUGAUGCUGAUGAUGAAUAUUUUGUUAAUGUACAUGGUAGUAUUAAUCCACAGGAAGAGAAGUUAAGUCAUUAUCAUCUUGAUAAUUUAAAGUUUAGUGACAAACAUCAAAGAGAUAAUGUGAGACAAAAGAGUUAUGAAGAUUUAGAAGAGAGAAAAUUUAGAAGUCAGAGUUAUGAAGAGGAUUUGAAUCAUAAAGAUUCUAAUCUUAAUGGCUAUAUCCAGUUUUUACGUAAAAGUAUAAAGGGUUCAGAUGAAGCAAUUGGAAAUAAAAUGAAUCAACAGGAAAAACUUACUUCAGCUCUUAAAAAUGGGUCAAGCAGUUCUGAAUCCUCAGACACAGAACCAUUCAGCACAAGAGUAAAGACUUCUAACCAAAUGAAUUCCAAAAAAAGUCCUUUAAAAUUCAGUGGUGAAAAAAAGGUUAAGGAUGAAAGUUUUGUCAGUAAUGAAACAUUGAAAUGGAAAAAGUGGCGUGAACGAGAGGCUACCGACUCGGACUGAGAAGUGAAUAUUUUUAUAACUGUGUUAAAAUACUUAUUCAUGUGUAUAAAUUAAUUUUUAGGUUUGUUUUAAAACAUAUUUUCUAUAAAAAUGUAUAAAUAUUAUAAUUUUUUAAAUGUAUGAAAAUUAUUAUUAUUAUUUUACUAAAUAUUAUGUGUAUGAUCAUAAGCAGCUUUGCUUAAUCUUUUGCCAUUAAUUUCAUAUAUAUAAAAUUUUGGCAAACCAGUGAAUUUGUCUGUAAAGAACUUCAAAUUGUCUGUACUUCUUGAGUAUGUUGGUCUUACAGAGAAUUCAGUGCUCUCUAAUGGGAGUGGGGGAUGUCUAAUGCUACAUUUUUUUAUUAUUUAAAAUUUUUCUAUACGAAAUUUCUGUGAAGUUUGUCAUAUCAAAACAAACAUGAGGAAAUAUACUGCAGUACAUUUCUGAUAUUGGAAAGAUGAAUUGUAAUUUUAAUAAUAAAAGACAAAAUAAUGUG